GCAGAACACAGAGAGCCUGCAUCAGCACCAGCUCCUAGCAGCUCCUAGCAUCUCCGCUCUCAUCAUCUAUCAGAGUGGGAUACAGGGGGUGGGGGAUUGAACGAAAGAGGACACCCUAAUAGAACAUAUUGGAAUGGGCUAAAGCAGGUGAAAGGGGGGGAAGACAGCCAGAGAAGAGAGGGACCUUUGUAACGCUGCAGAAGGAGGAGUUGGGGGGAGAGGAGGUGGUAGUGGCAACGGCUGGGGGGCUUAGGAGUGCAGCCGGUUUGCACCUAAAGGUUCAACAGAAAGAGGAACUGUAAAUGGAGGAGAAGAACCUUGUUGCAUCAUCUCUAUUGGAGUAGAGUACUCCUCGAAUGUCCCGUAUCAUGGUUCAAGUUACAAAGGGUAAUAUAUAAAGGUGGAGUCAUUGUAAAGACCAGGAUGGGACAAUCCAUCAGACAAAGGGCUUAUGAAAACCAUAUCCCAAAGCUGUGACGAGAUGCUUAACAGGUGCCGACUGCAAUGAAGGGUUUGGGGGACGCCCGUGUACGGCACCUCUCAGGAACCCUGGAUUCCCAUCCAGACUCCCUGUACAUCCCACAGGAAAGGACACCAUAUCUAAUCAGCUCCUCAGAGUCCUACCCCCCAGAGCCUCGGUAUACACCUGACAAUUCCUUGCAUCCAGACUGCCUAUAUCCACUCAACAAUCAGCUCUCCAACAGCAGCACCUUUCCACGGAUCCACUUUAAUUCUCAAUAUGAAUCACCAGAGGACACCCCACCCUACCCAGCACCCCAUAUUCCACCUGCUAAAAUCAAUAGGCUUCCUGCUAGCCUCCUGGACCAGUUUGAGAAACAACUGCCUAGCCACAAGGAUGGUUUCAGCACCUUGCAGUUCCAGCGAGGAGCACCAGAGGGCAAGGACCGAAGUGAGAGCCCUGGACGUAUACGCCAUCUGGUCAACUCUGUGCAGAAGCUAUUCAACAAGUCUCAGUCCCUGGAAGGUGGAGGCAGAGCCAGCGUGAAUGGCAAAAAGGGAUCAUCAGAGGACUCUAAGGGGACAAGAAGAAGCAAAAGUAAAGAGCGUGGCAAAGGGGAUGGAAAGGGGCAAACAAGGGGGAGUGGGGUAUCUGGGUGGUGGAGUUCAGAUGACAAUUUAGACAGUGACACAGGGGGUUACCGCAACCCAGCAGGGAUGAUGACUUUGGGAAGAAGACCAGAGCAUGCAGCUCGACAUUUCAUUAGUGGAUACAACACGAUCAGUGAGAGCAUGCUGAAGGCAUCCAAAAGCAAUAAUGACCUCAAGUUCACACCCUUCCAGCCUCCAUCACUUACAUUGUCUCCUCUGCCAACCACACAAGAGGUGCUCCCUGCCAGCUCAACGUCAACGUUAAAGAGAGGGUCUUGGUCCACGCUGACACUGAGCCAUGCCCGUGAGGUGUGCCAAAAGGCUUCAGCUACUAUAGACAAAGCUUUUCUGAAGUCUAAGUCCUGUCAUCAGGACCUCAGCUGUCAGUAUUUGCAGGUUCCAAGCGGGGACUGGAGCGGACCCCAAGUUAAGGAUGAUGAUAUCCCGUGCAGGAGGAUGCGGAGCGGCAGCUAUAUCAAGGCCAUGGGGGAUGUAGAUAGUGAUGAGUCAGAGGGCAGCCCUCAACCUUCCCCCAAAACUGCAGCGAGGAGGCAGAGCUACCUCAAGGCCACACAGCUGUCGCUCAGUGAGCAGAGCACCACCCAGAGAAGCCUGGACCGUAUGGAUUCUCUGGAUAUUCUCCCCCCUCCAAAGUUUCAAAGCUGGGAAGAGGACUAUAAUCAGAUGACUGAGACUGUGGUAGAAGAGAACAGUAUGUGCCAGGAUAGUGUACCUCGCUGCCUGAUACAGUACCAGAUUCCAGAAGUAGACGAUCAAAGGGAUAGGUACCACCUAAACCAGGCAAUGGAGGAACACAGAGAGAGGUACCAACUGAGCCAGACAAUAGAGGAACAGAGGGAUCGUUUUCAGUUGUGCCAAGUUCAAGAGGAGCAGAUAGAGAGGUUCACCCUUUGCCAAGUCCCCGAAGAGCAGAACAGGUUCCAACUGUGCCAGGUGGUGGAGGAACAGAUAGAACGAUACUCGCCUGAAGAUCCCAGGGAAAGAUUUCCUUUAAAUCAGGUCCCCGAAGAACAGAGAGAACGAUACCCACUGUGUACAGUGCCGGAGGAGCAGAGAGAGCUCUAUCCAAUGUGCCAGGAAGAAGAAGACGAGGAAAGCGACAGGUUCCCAAUGGUUACAGCAGUUUUUGAAGAAUCUAGUACCGUCCAAAAUGAGGUAUUUGACCUCAAUCUGCCCAACUACUUCCGCUCACGCAGCCACAGCUACCUCCGUGCCAUCCAGGCUGGCUGCUCAGAGGACGACGACACUACAUCCCUGCAGUCCAUGUCCCCCCCACUGCCAGUCAUCAGCCGAACCCUACCCAGGCAUAUUGGUUCCUCGUGUCUGGUGGGCUACAAGAAGACCCCUCCACCAGUGCCCCCUCGUACCACCUCCAAACCUUUCAUAUCGGUAACUGUACAGAGUAGUACUGAAUCUGCCCAGGACUCCUACCUGGAUGCACAGGAGGGGCAGAGUGAGACCAACAGCCAAUCAGGGCUCAGCACUUCCACCGAGAGCCUGGAGAGCACCCGUGCACCCAGCGUGACACGCAUUGGACCCCCCACCCCUAUCAGACAGGUCCCCCCUGAGAUACCCCCUAAAAAUGCAUCUGUGAAAAUCAACAAGGAAGAGCCACGUGCCCCAGUGCCCCUCCCCAAACGCAAGCUGUCAUCCAUCGGCAUCCAGGUGGACAGUAUACAGCCAGUGCCUAUUCCUGAGCUGCCCCCACCUGCCAAAUUCCAGUCCAUUGGAGUCCAAGUGGAGGAGGAGUGGAGAAACAGCCGCUCCAGCAGCAUGACGUCCAAGCAGGAGACAGACUCGGACACACAAGAGCCGAGUAAUUCCUCCGACAAAAUUGUCACAGAUUGCCCCACAGCUUGUCAGACCACCUCAUGCCCUCCUGUUCCCCUCCCUAAGAAGCACCUCUCCUAUGGAGAUGGGGGGGAAACAGAAGCUUCUGCCCUUCCACCACCUGAUCCAUGGCUGGAUUCUGCAGCCUCUCCUCCUUCCUCUGAGCCAGCCCAGGCAGCCGCAUGCCGCAGGGAUGGCCACUGGUUUCUAAAGCUGCUACAAGCUGAGACAGAGCGACUUGAGGGCUGGUGCAAACAGAUGCAGAAAGAGACAGCCAAUAACAACCUCUGUGAAGAAGUGAUUGGGAAGGUUCUUAGUGCAGUUGGAAGUGGCCAGCUUUUAGUGUCACAGAAAUUCCAGCAGUUCCGCGGCUUGUGUGAGCAAAACCUGAACCCUAAUUCCAACCCACGCACCACUGCACAGGAUUUGGCUGGUUUCUGGGACCUGCUGCAGCUUUCCAUAGAGGAUAUCAGUAUGAAGUUCGAUGAACUCUUCCAACUCAAGGCUAACGGAUGGGUACUGAGCGAAACGCCAGACAGAAAUGAGAUAAAGAGGGCCCCUCCCCCAGUGCCAAAGAAGCCAGCCCGGCCCAAGCCCCCUCUGAGCCGUGACAAAGCGCCAGGCCCAUCCAACAGUGACAAGCAGAGACAAGAAGCACGGAAGAGGCUAAUGGCAGCCAAACGAGCUGCCUCCGUUCGCCAGAACUCUGCUACUGAGAGUUCGGACAGCAUCGAGAUCUAUGUGCCCGAGGCACAGACGCGACUCUGAGUGUACGAGCUUUGGUUGUGCUGCGGGAGACUAACAAAGAGGCCGUGGUAUUCAACCAGAAACCGACAGACUCAAAUGGAAGACACACGGAGUUGGGCGCAAGAGCACUCAAGUUUAGGCCAAUAGUGCUUGGCAGUCUGAAAGUGCUGACCACAGAGCUCUGGAGAGCAAGCCAGGACUAUUUCUUAUCUAAUUAUUCUCAUUAAUAUUAAGGAGCUUAUCAGGUGUUUGUGGGGAAGAGAUCUCUGAAGAAAGUGUGCAGGAGGCAAAAUCAUGUGAUCUAGCCUCCUGACACUCAGCUCUAUUCCCAGAGCAAUGGCAAUAAGGCACCAGUAAGUCUCAUCAAUACAAAGAGUCCCUUAACGCUUCCCAGUAUUGGACUGUACCCCGUAUUUUUUAAGCACUCGUCUGUGUUAGUAGCACCCAUUGCAAUAAUGAAACUCUCCCCACCCUUUCCUAUUGGAGCAGGAGCAUGUGGCUUUAUUAAUUGGUACUGGGCAAUGCACUGCUCGUCUUGUCCUAAGUGUUCCAUUUUGGAACCAUUCACCUAUAGGCAGAGUGACCUGUUGUGUUCUGCACUUACACAUAACCAUUGCUCUGUGCAGCACCAAGAUGAGCGAGAUGGAGCCAUCCUGCUCUGCAUAGGUUCCUGGCCCUACUGGCAGAUAAUGAUUAUUUAUUUUUGACAUAGAUACGAGUUUUAUACUGAUUUUGGUGGCUUAGGAUCGACUGGGUUCUAUCCUUGGAAUUAAAGGAAUGGGCCAGCCCCUUUCUAUUUGAUUGUAAUAUGUUAGCAUAUUGGUGAUUUUAGGUAAUUUUAAACCCUUAUCUGCUAGACAGGCUGGCAACAAAUUGGUAUAUAAAAGCACACUGCACUAUAUAGUAAAGCAGAGCACCACUAGACUCUAUGGAUGAACCCACCAAGCUCCUUAAUGAUGCUACAUGUUGCUAUACACUGAUAAUGAACAGGCCGUGCAAUUUCUACACAACUAAUAUGCACACUGACGUCACUGUAACAUGACGUGGAGUAUCUCUGUACACUAGCUCUGUAUAAAGAUAUGGAGUGUCCUUAUACGCUGAGCAGGAACUCUUCAUGCUGUAUAUUGAUGCUGAGUAUCUGUAUACAUUGAUGACAUCAUGAGCUCCCUUGCCCCCCGCUGAUCGAUGACAUCACUAAGGUUCGCUGGUUUCUUCCCCACAUGACAAUGAACAGGACUGAAGUUCACGUAUUACACACGUGGAAACAGCAUUUUUAGGACAAAAAACAAAAUAAAUUAAAAAAAAAAAAAAAAAAA